GUCCGGAGGGCUUGACGGUGUCCGGUCGGCGCCGCGCGCCGCGGGGGGAAUGUGAGCGCGCUCGGCUGAAGCAUGCGCGGCCUGUGGGUCAUCACGGUGGCCAUCGCUCUCCACCACGCGCGCUGCAUCCGCUUCACCCAGGAGCCGGCCGACCAGUCCGUGGUGCUGGGGGAGCGCGUGGUUCUGUCCUGCCUGGUCCACAACUACAGCGGCAUGGUGCAGUGGACCAAGGACGGGCUGGCGCUGGGCGUGGGGGAGGCGCUCCGAGCCUGGCCCCGGUACCGCGUGCUGCGGGCGCCGGACGUGGGUCAGUACAACCUGGAGGUCUCCCGCGCCGAGCUGAGCGACGACUCGCUGUACGAGUGCCAAGCCACGGAGGCCGCGCUGCGCUCCCGCAGGGCCAAGCUCAACGUGCUCGUCCCCCCCGAGGACCCGGUGGUGGACGGGGCCCCUGAGCUGCUCCUGAUGGCCGGUAACCCGUACAACCUGACCUGUGUGACCCGGGGGGCCAAACCUGCGCACAUCCCGGAACCUGAAGUUCACCUGUGUGACCAGUUGUCAAACCAUGAAUCAGGUGUACCAUGACGGGAAGUGCUGCCCGACAGGAAGCGGGUGACCACCAGGAGCUACCUGUCCAUCACGCCAUUGCCACACCGGCAGCGCCGGGCAAUCUCUACCUGCGUGGCGAGCAACCCGGCAGCGCCCACGGGCAAACGGGCAACCGUCAACCUCAACGUGCACCACCCCCCCAUGGUGACCCUGUCCAUCGAGCCUCGCUCCGUCCUGGAGGGCGAGCGAGUCACCUUCACCUGCCAGGCCACCGGCAACCCGCCCAUCAUCGGCUUCAGGUGGGCGAAGGGCGGCGUGCUGCUGGAGGGCGCCCGUGAGAGCGUGCUCAUGACCACGGCCGACCACUCCUUCUUCACGGAGCCCGUCUCCUGCCAGGUGUUCAACGUGGUGGGCAGCACCAACGUCAGCAUCCUGGUGGACGUGCACUUCGGGCCCAUCCUGGUGGUGGAGCCCCGGCCGGUGACGGUGGACGCCGACGCCGACGUCACUCUGACCUGCAAGUGGUCCGGGAACCCCCCCCUCACCCUCACCUGGACCAAGAAGGGCUCCAGCAUGGUGCUCAGCAACAACAACCAGCUGUACCUGAAGUCGGUGAGCCAGGCCGACGCCGGUCAGUACGUGUGUAAGGCCAUCGUGCCGCGGAUCGGCGUGGGCGAGACGGAGGUCACGCUCACCGUCAACGGCCCCCCCAUCAUCUCCAGUGAGUCGGUCCAGUACUCCGUCAGAGGCGAGCGAGGAGAGGUCAAGUGCUACAUCGCCAGCACCCCCCCGCCCGAUAAGAUCGUGUGGGCGUGGAAGGAGAACGUGUGGGAGAAGGAGAAGGGCACCCUGAUGGACCGCUACACGGUGGAGCAGAGCAAGCCUCCGUCACAGGGCGGCGCCGUGCUCUCCACCCUCACCAUCAACAACGUCAUGGAGUCCGACUUCCACUCGCCCUACAACUGCACCGCCUGGAACGCCUUCGGGCCCGGCACCAUGAUCAUCACCCUGGAGGAGACGGACGUGGUUCCGGUCGGGAUCAUCGCCGGCGGCUCGGUGGGCUCCUCCAUCCUGCUGCUGCUGUUCCUGCUGGGGCUCGCCUUCCUCUACGACCGGCAGCGCAGAGGUCGCCGCGGCGUCACCCUCGGUAAACCCGACAUCAAGGUGGAGACGGUCAACAAAGAGAGCCACGGCCUGGAGGAGGAGGCGGCCGACGUCGCCACGGCAACGCGGAUGGUCAAGGCCAUGUACUCGCCCUUCAAGGACGACAUGGACCUGAAGCAGGAGAACCGGGAGGGCGACGCCCAGCGCGAGGAGUACGAGCUCAAGGACCCGACCAACGGCUACUACAACGUCCGCGCCACGGCCCGUGAGGAGGCGCGGCCUCAGUCCCGCGCCGUGCAGCACUACCAGGGCGAGUUCCGCAGCCCCAACCCGAACAGCGGGCCGCCGGGCGUGGGCGGCGGCGUGGGCGGCGGCCAGCCGUUGCCGCCGGUCGCCCACGGCGGCGUGCCGGGCUCGAGGUCGGGCUGCUACGACCCCCGCCCCCCCUCCAGGAUGUCCCACGCCAGCUACGCCCAGUUCAACACCUUCACCCGGGCAGCGGCGCAGAGCCAGCAGGCGGCGCCCAAUCUGGCGCCGCAGUCGCCCGCCGACUAUCCGGCAGACUGCGGACCGCUGGACGGCGCCGGCCAGCUGGCCUACGACAACUACGGGUACCCGGCCCAGUACCCCAGCUACCGCAUGGGCUUUGCUCCGCCCAUAGAGGAGGGGCCAGCCUAUGAGAUGUAUCCGACGGGCCAGGGUACCGGACCGGGACCAGGACCAGGACCAGGACCGGGACCAGGACCAGGACCAGGACCGGGACCAGGACCGGGACAGGGACAACAAAGUCCUGAACCGGGGCCGGGGCAGUACGAGACCUCCACCCGCUUCUCGUAUUCGUCUCCACCCUCUGAAUAUUCCCAAAGACACACACAGCGGAUGCAGACUCAUGUUUGAGAAACACACACGCACACAAACACACACGCACACACACACACACACACACACACACACACACACACACUCGUUGACUUGCUUUUUGCAGCUGCAGUAUUAAUUACACAUAAAACAUAAAUGUAUAAAAGAUACAUGAACAUUCAAGAAAUCCAUUUUGUGCAUGGAACUGAGGUUCACUCUGUGGACCAAUCAAACGCCAGCUAGCAGCUCAUCCUAUCAUACAGGCAGCAACACACACACACACACACACACACGUACACACACGUACACACACACACGUGCAGACUUUCUGUCGCGUGCAGUGUGUUUGUGCUCCAGCAGGGGGCAACAGCGAGAGUCACAAUCAAGAAGAAGAAGAAGAAGAAGAAGAAGAAGAAGAAGAAGAAGAAGAAGAAGAAGAAGAAGAAGAAGAAGAAGAAGAAGAAGAAGAAGAAGAAGAAGAAGAAGAAACCACAUCCUUGUGUACAAACCUAUCCAGUCCAAUGCAGUACAGACUGGACUUUUUUUGCAACAAAACACACACACAAACACACACACACACACACGCACACAAACACACACACACACACACGCCCUCACACACACUCACACACACGCACACACACACGGAUCUCUAUAUAUUUGGCACUUUUUGGAUCCCUCAUUCCUCACUCAAACCUUCACCGGUGGCCAUUUUCUAACCACAUUUACCUUUGAUGUAAAAGUGGGUGGAGCUUCUCAAAGUGCAUCUGGUGGACUCGGAGAGGAAAGGAGAGGAAAGGUAGCAAGGCGUCUCCUCUCCAUUUCAAUACAUUUUGCGUAAGGUCGAUGAAGUCUUUGAAGUCGAUGAAGACGUUGAGGUCAUUGAGGUUGUUGAGAUCGAUGAGGUCGAUGAGGUCGAUGAAGACGAUGAAGACGAUGAAGUCACUUUGUUUUACGAGGUUUCGGCGAAAUGUCUGCAAUGUGUGAAAGCAGCGUCGGUCCCUCCAGUCGCUGCUCAGACGUUUCCUUCUGUUUCUUCACAUUUUCCAUAUUUAUAUACAGAAACCAUUCAUAAACAUUUUAUAAUAUUUUUAUAAGGAGUUGCGGAGCCGAACCGGUUCAGCGUGUUUUUCUAAACGUGAUGCUGGAAACGUUUUGAGUUUCUUUAAAGCGGGAAGAGAAGAAAAAAAAGACAAACAAAAAAAAAGAAACGAAGGAUUCCGUUUAAAAAAAUGACGGGGAAAAAAAUAUGAAGAACUUCAUUUUCCAAAAUGAUUUAUCCAAAAGCUGUUUGACGGGUACCUGCGUCUGGGCCGAAGCUCUCUCUCUGACCUCCGAAGGUCAAAGGUCAAGCGGGCUCCAUCCUUGUACAGAACAUGUUUGUUCCUUAAAGUCCUUUCCUCCAUUAUAUUGUGUCGGUGUGUGAGUGACCUUUGACCCCACAGGGUCCCAAUCAUCAGCGUCUAAAGUGUAGCCACUAACCUCUAACCCACGUUUUAAAGAACCUCCGACCCCCACGACGAUCAUACGCUAAUCAAUAACUGAUAUUAUCCCGCUUGAUGAGCUCAUUAUAAGCCGGCAGUCGUAUUUUUUAAAUAAAUUGCCGAAGCUUCGGUCUCGAAGACGUUUUGUUUCGAACCGCUUUCGCCGUCGCCUUGACGUGUUGCCUUCAGGGGCCGUUUGGAAAGAGAAGCCAGGCAUCUGGAUGAUCAUUAACCCCUUGCCUCCCUAUCGGCCCUUCACAGAUACGCUAUAUCAUGGUAACUCGGCACUAAGGGGCAGUAAAAAAUA